AUGUUUGGUUCUUCUAAUGCUUUUGGACAAUCCUCCAAUAGCAGUCUAAGUCUAUUUGGAAGCCAAACUCAAUAUGUGUUUGGUCAGACCAAUAACGCAAGUAGUAACCCCUUUGCUCCGAAACCCUUUGGCGCACAAACAGGAAGUUCAACCGGUGUGUUUGGUCCACCUCAAGCUUUCUCCUCUUUUGGUGCUUCAUCACAAACGUUUGGGAGCUCUACUUUAGCUUUUGGUGGUUUUGGACACAACAAGUCUUUUGGCUUCUCAAUGCCUCAGUCAACUACUUUCGGAAGCACCAUACAACAAUCACAGUCUGCAUUUGGCAACAAUGCUUUUAGUGCAUCAAGCACGCCUGCCUUUGGCAACAAUGCUUUUGGCUCUGGUGGUGCAUCAGGUAUUCCUACUUUUGGGCCAUCAAGUACCCCAUCUUUUAGUUUUGGCUCUGGAAGUGCAUUGAGUACUCCUACUUUUGGGGCAUCAAGUACUCCAUCUUUUAGUUUUGGCUCUGGAGGUGCAUCGAGUACUCCUACUUUUGGGGCAUCAAGUACUCCAUCUUUUAGUUUUGGCUCUGGAGGUGCAUCGAGUACUCCUACUUUUGGGGCAUCAAGUACCCCAUCUUUUAGUUUUGGCUCUGGGGGUGCAUCUACUCCUACUUUUGGGCCAUCAAGCACCCCAUCUUUUCGUUUUGGAUCCUCCCCUGCUUUUGGACAGUCUACCUCAGCAUUUGGUAGCACUUCCUUUGAUUCUACACAACCACCGUUUGGAGCCCUAGGAGCACAGGCUUCGACCCCAACGCUUGGAGGUCAACAAGUGGGUAGUAGGGUCAUACCUUAUGCACCUACAACUGAGGGCGGUGGUAACCAACCUGGUGGGAAGCUAGUAUCUCUAUCUGCUAAGGAUGUAUACAAAAAUAAAACCCAUGAGGAGCUUAGGUGGGAGGACUACCAGCGAGGAGAUAAAGGUGGCAAACUUCCUACCGGUCAAUCUCCUAGACCAACUUCAUCAACUACCACAUCCUUUUUUGGACCAUCCCCUGGUUUUGCAACAACCACGACGCCGCCAUUUGGUUCAUCGAGCAUUCCCGGAUUUAGCUCUUCUCCAUCAAUUUUUGCUUCAACUCCAGCAUUUAGCAUUGGUUGGAAUUUUAGCAACAGUCAGUCAUCUCCGUUGUUUAGUUCAAACCCCUCAUCUGGACAAACUAAUAGUGGUUCUAAAUUUGGACAGACUAGUUUUGUGUUUGGACAGAAUACUAAUCCUGCAUUUGCCCAAACUAACAAUAUCAGUAUACCUUCCCCUGGAUCCGGGACUCUGUUCUCAAGCUCUUCAUCCUUAACUAGCAGCAACUCUCCUCCCUUUGGUCAAACACCAGGUGGUUUUGGUUUCAACAACUUUGGUCAAACCCAAAUAGCUAAUCCAACUGGCCUUACAUGUGCAAUGGAAACUUUCAAUCAAAGCAACUUUGAACAAGUGCCUGCCUCGGCUAACUCUCUUGUUAUGCAACAACCAAUCCCUGUUACAAACCCAUUUGGAACGGUUCCUCAAGGUGGAAAAUCAACUUGGAUUCAGUAUGGAAUCUCCAGCAUACCUGUCGUUGAUAAACCUUCUCCUGUUAGAAUAUCACAACCACUCCUGACUUCUCAAAGGCGGGUCUGGACUACCAAGCUACCUGCAAGAAAGUAUCGUCCUGGCGAUGAUGGUCCCAAGGUUCCAUUUUUUCAGUGA